UUUGCAAGUUGCACACACACAGGACAGAUGAUGCACAAAUAGGCUGAUGAGUAAAGUACGUAAGCUUAAGUUCUACUUUUUUUACUCGUGAGACUAUUCAUCAAGGGUUUUCAGAAGACUGCAUUGAUCAGCAACACUUCAAGGUCAAAGUACGUUAUCAAAGAAGACCUUAAUCAAUAAUCAAUCAACCGUUCCACAAAUAUUUGGUUUUACUUCAAGAAUGAAGAGGGCUAUAGCAGUAUUAUGCCCAGUUCUUAUAACAUUGGGGCUACUGUAUCUGUUGGAUAUGCAUCUUAUGUGUGGCAAGGAUAUUGUUACUGAUGUAUGCCAAUUGUAUAAAGAGAGGGCAGUGACAGGAUCCUUGUGUCAGGAUAUCUGUGAAACCAAGAGAAUCACCUCCACAAAAUGUAUGUCAACAACUCCUGAAAAACAAGUCUACAAAGCAACUUGGGAUGACAAAGAAAUCAUUCUUAAAAUGGUUUAUACUUCAGCAAAUAUUGAAAAUACAUUUCCAGAGUCAAAUAAUGAAGAUGGCUACAGAAAUUGGAUAGCAUCCUGCGUCAAUAUGUUGUUUGGUGACUGUGAGAAUUGCACUAAACUAACUGCAAAGUUCAUAGAUAUGGCAGAUACUAACAAUGAUGGACACCUGUCAUUCAUAGAAACAAAGACAAUUGUUCAAUUAUUACAAACGCCAGAGCCAGCAAUGUUAAUGGUUUUGAAUGGAAGUAAAGUAUCUCUUAAUUUUUAUGGCUACUGUGGCCCUCUGUAUGCUGUUGAGAAGUUAGCUGUUGUUGCCGAUACUGUAUAUGGGCUUCAAUGGAAUCUCGUGGAUAUGGCUAUUUUACCAAACAUGUUUGAGCCUUUUGAAAACUUCUUGAAACAGGCAGUAGAAAUGGCAGCAACAUUUUUGGAAACUUUCAAAAUUAUUACAGUUUAUGUUGAACCCAUGCUUCACAAUUUCAAGACAUCUGUCUCUAAAUAUUUUUUUAGAAUUCGAGUUCCAUCUAUAAGGGAAAGAUUUACUUUUGUUGGAUCUCACUUGAAUGGUAUUUUCAAUUUGUCUGAUAAUACCUAUGGCUUAGUACAAGCUUGUGACACCCAUUUGGGAAACUUUGGAUUGACAAGUGAUAAUGAGUUCAAAGUUCUUGACUAUGAUCAGGUUUUCCCGCAGCAUCAACUUCAACAUUUACUGGCAUCCAAACAGUGUUGGCGAGAUGAGGACUGCAAAGUUGGAGAUUUCCAGGAAUGUACUAGCAUUUGCAACAAAACAACAGGACAUUGCAGUGAAACUCUCAACUCUCAAAUGAUUCAAAAUGUAUGUUCUACUUCACUGCCUUUGGUGUUUAGCCAUGUUUAUAAGGACUUUCCAAAUAAAAACCAAACUCUUUUGGAAUGUCUUGAAAAUGCAAUCACAGAUAUCGGAUUGUAUUGUUUAGGCAUCCCACUUGCAAAUAAUACCCAGCAAUUACGCUUGCAGAUUGAGGACAUCAAAGAAAAAUAUGUAAACGUGUCAUUAGGAAGAUUUCAUUGCAAGUUUUGAACAAAUACUUGUUUUUACAUUUUUGUGUUAUUCUAUUUCACUCAUUUGAUGUUUGUUUACGGUUUUGUUCUAAUUAUGGAUAAACUGACAAUUGGAUUAAAUAUUGGAACUUUAGACCAAACUGAUGAGAAAAAGGAAAUGUUAAUAAAUAUGACUUUGAGUUACCCAA